AAAGGGAGGAGGAAGUGGGGGGAGAAAGAGAGGGAUAGAAAUGAGGACAGGAACACCCCUAAUCCCUGUACAGUCAUGACAUCAUCCUCCUGCUUAAAUAUAUAUAGGGAAUGGCCAGAGCAUCUCUUAUAGUUCUCUCACUCUCAGAGUCAGCUGAAGGCUAGAGAAAGCUCUACAGAAAGCCUUUCAGUGUCUGACUUCUGUGGACUUGGCUUGAGAGAAGGCUGAGAGAGAUGAUGGCAAGCAUGAAAAUCCACCUGGUGUGCAUGAUACUCCUGGCUUGCAGCUCCUGGAGUCUGUGCUCAGAUUCUGAAGAGGAAAUGAAAGCAUUAGAAGCAGAUUUAUUGACCAAUAUACAUACGUCAAAGAUCAGUAAAGCAAGUGUUCCUUCAUGGAAAAUGACCCUGCUAAAUGUCUGCAGUUUUAUAAAUAACUUCAACGGCCAAACUGAGGAAACAGGAGAGGUUCAUGAGGAAGAACUUGUUACAAGAAGGAAACUUCCUGUUGUUCUAGAUGGCUUUAGCCUGGAAGCAAUGCUGACAAUCUACCAGCUCCAAAAAAUCUGUCACAGCCGAGCCUUUCAACACUGGGAGAUAAUUCAGGAAGACAUUCUUGAUAAUGGAAAUGAAAAAAAUGAGAAGGAAGAAGUCAUAAAGAGAAAAAUUCCUUACAUCCUGAAAAGGCAACUGUAUGAGAAUAAACCAAGAAGACCCUACAUACUUAAAAGGGGUUCUUACUACUACUGAGGAGAUAUUCAUUUUCUUUACAUUUGAUUGUGAUUUAUCAUCCUUGUUUGAAUACUAAUUAUAUAUGUGUGAAAAUGUGACAAAAUAUGCUAAUUUUGACUCUUCCACAAUUGUGGUGUAUUGGGUGUGAUUUUUCUGCAUACAUAUAAAUUGGACUAAAAGUUUUCAAAUAAAUCUACAUCUUGAGCAUGAUGUGUUAUGUAUAAUUGGAAUAAACAGCUAUCACGUUACAUAUAGCGUGUUUUGUAGUUUUGCAAAACACAUUAUGGGUUGUUUAAACAGUCAAAAUGUUUGACAUUUUAUGUGAAAUUAUGAGAAAUUCUAACAAAGUAGGACAGCAAAGUCUAGCCUAUAUUAUCAUUAAUACAAAACAAAGUAAUGGCACAUAUUCUGUUAUUUGACUGAGUAUUUUAUCAAAUUGAGAGGAAUACUUUCUUUUUUCAAGACUCACUCAUGUAUCUCAUAUAUAAGGAUAGUUGUUGUAGGCCCAUCAGAAAGACUGAUAAGUGGCCUGUUGUUAAUUUUGCCUGCUGUAGUGAAUGGUUUUCAAGUGAAAUUUUGUCUGUGCAAUGAAUUUGAUAGCUAAUAAAAAGACAAUAAGCCAUCAAAAUUA